AUGACCAGCAACGAUGUACGAGACAUCCUUGAACUUCACUCAAAACCUUCAAAUUCAACAGACAUUUCUGCACCGAGUAAAAAAACAAACAAGUCAGAAAAAGAAAAGAAGCCUGAUGGAAUACCUCGAGAGCUUUUUCAGCUAAUAGGUGGUCCACCUCCAAUAGCUUUUGUAAAGCCUGCUUUUAAAGCAAAACCGAAUUUGCGUAAAAAGGCCGUUCAUUGGGAAUGGCAAAGUUUUACUAAUCAAGGGCGAGGUGAGGAUGAUCAGUUAACACUACAUCACUGGGUCAAAUGCACACCUACUUCUGAAUCUGAAGAUUCAGGAUAUUGGUUUGCCGAGUAUAACAAGAAAAUUGACAUCUUGAAAUAUGAUGAUGAAGAUUAUGAAAAAUAUUUAACGGAUAAAGAUUGGACUAAAGAGGAGACAGAUUACUUAUUUAAACUGUGUGACAAAUACGAUCUUCGUUUCAUAGUUAUUCAUGAUCGUUACGAAUAUAAGGAGCGAUCUAUUGAAGAUUUGAAAGACCGAUAUUAUUCGGUAUGUAAAAAACUUCUACAAGUUCGUCCCCCUGAGGGUAGUGAUAAAGGUGCUUUGAUCGCAAUGAAUACUUAUGACAAAGCCAAAGAGGAAAAAAGGAAAAAACACAUGUGUGCAUUGUAUCUUCGGAGUCCUGAGGAAAUUAAGGAAGAGGAAGCUUUGCUGGAAGAAUAUGAACGAAUUGAACAAAAUGAAAAAAAAUUUGCCAGAGAACGAGAAAAUCUAUUGAAAUUACUUAGUUUUCAAGAACUUUCUCAGCCUAAGCGAAAGAAGUCCCUUCUCAGUGGACCAACAACACCAACAAUGGAAGUGGGAAAUUCAAGCUUUCAUACAUCCACCGAAGUGCCAAAAAAAAAUCGUCGUACAUCGUCUUCAUCUGUUGGUUCAGCUGUUAUAGAAGUUGCUCAAUCUCCAGCAGAAGUUCAUAAUACCCCAAUAACGGCUAGGAAGGAGAAAUUCCCGCAAGGAGUAGUAGUAAGAAGUAGCAAGAUCCCAUUACCUAAGCAAACAAUGAUACUCAAAGUACAAAAGACAUUACAAGAAUUUGGAUUAGGUAUUGAUAUGAUAAAUUAUAUAUGUGGUCCUCGACCAUCAAUUCCUACCGAAACAGUGUGUGCACGGUGGGUUGAUUUACAAAAAGCUAUUCAAACACUAUUGGAUGUUAAGAAAGCGGUUGAAAAAGCUGAUCACGAAUUAAAAGCCAAAAAAGCAUUACUCCAAAAGAUAAAGCAAAAUGGGUUAGGAAGUGCUUCCAAAUCAGCGAAUGGUGGUGACGCUGGAGGAAAACAAUCGGAUGUUACAGCUAGUGUUACUGGUGAUGGCGGUGGUGACGAGAGUAAUGUUGUUCCGGCUAAGAGAGAACGGAUAACUUUAACUACUACACCACGAGAUGCUAAACAAACUAUACCUUUUUUUGGGCAUGUUUUACAAACGAACUUGUUUGAUAAAGAGGAGUUAGAUAAGUACAAGACCUAUUAUUCAGAAGAGUUUGAGUUAGAGAAUAUAGCGGAAGAAAUAGUAAAUAUAAAUGACAAUCCUGCCAUAUACUUAACUGAAGUAGAUCCUAUAGGUAUGAGUACAGGAAAUAGUGUAGGUCAAUUAAAUAAAGGAGAAAAA